AUGGCGAGCCCACGGUUGCUCCUCCGUUCUCCGACACUGAGGACCAUAUUUACUGUCCACCGCCGAUCUGUCUCCUCCACCACUGCGCCUUCUCAUCACAAUGACCACCAACGCAACCAAGAAUAUCUUUCCCCCAAUCAUUAUCUCAACAGCUGGAAACCACCGAAGGAUCCAAAGGAGGCUCAAGCGAAGCUCGAUCAGCUCCGUCGUGACUAUGCGAAAAAGGUUAAAGCCGUUCGCAAGGAGUACAUCCAUGAAAUGGAGCUUCAGAGGCUUGAGAAACAGAGGAAAGAUGAGAUCAAGAAGGAAGCUCUGAGGAUUGAAAGUGAAGAGCGUAGAGCCGCUAAAACCGCCGAGAAAAAGGCUAAAGCCGCCGAACGUCAGGUUGCUGAGGAGGAGUUCCGGCAAACUCUGCUGAAAGAAAGAGCCGAGAAGCUUGAAUACCACAAGAUGAGAGAGAAGAAAAUCAUGGAGAAGAAGAAAGAGAAGAAUGAGUUACUGCGUCGUCAAAGUUCCAUAUGGAUUGAUGAAGUUGAACUCGAGAAAAAGAUAUCAAAUGCAAUUUUAGAUAGUUCUAAUUUCAUACUGAUUCACAAUAAUGGGUGUCAAUGGAACAAAAUUUGUUCAUGCUCACCUAGUAACAUUUGGACACCCUCCGGGAGAUCACAAGUACAAAUCUUAGGGUUUCAAUCAAGAGUUGAUGAGAAGAGGGAUGUGUGAUGCAGUUUCAGAAAGAGGCUGUUUAGUAUCAUCGCCAAAGAUGAGCCUUAUCCCCCAAACGUUACAAUAGAGGAGAGCCAACGGGGCAGUGGACAACCUAUUUUUCUCAUUUUAUAUAAAUACCCGUCAUAAGUUGUUAAUGUUUAAGC